GCUAAUCCACUGCCCCUCCUGACCCCGAGUCGCGCCUCUCUACCACCCCUAUUACCCAAGAGCCUGCAUUUGCGCAUGUCUCUUUCGGCCCUCGUCAACAUAACCGACCCGACCUUGUCUGUCCGCACGCUGCACUACCAGUAACAAUCUCACCCUCCUGUUCCCCGCACCACCGUCACCAUGGCCACCGUCAACAUUCGCCGCGAUGUCACCGACCCCUUCUACCGCUACAAAAUGGAGCGUAUCCAGUCCAAGAUUGAGGGCAAGGGCAACGGCAUCAAGACUGUCAUUGUCAACCUGACCAGUGUCGCUGGCUCGCUCGCCCGCCCCCCUGCUCAUGUCAUCAAGUACUUUGGUUUCGAACUUGGAGCCCAGACAAACACAAGCCCCAACGACGACCGCUGGAUCAUCAACGGCGCCCACGACGCCAGCAAGCUGCAGGACUACCUCGACGGCUUCAUCUCCAAGUUCGUCCUCUGCAAGAAAUGCAAGAACCCCGAAACCGACGUCCACAUCAAGGAUGGCAACAUCACGCUCGACUGCAAGGCGUGCGGAAAGAUUUCCGAAGUUGAUCCUCGUCUCAAGCUCAGCUCCUUCAUUCUCAAGAACGAGCCCAAGAAGGGCAAGAAGGACAAGUCUAGCAAGAAGGCUGAGCGCCGUGCCCGCAAGGAGGCCGAGGCUCGUGGCGAGGCCGGCUCGCCCGACAACGGCAGCCCCGGUGACAGCGCAGAAGAGAAUGGCGACGACGGCGACCUUGCCCUCGAGGCUGGCAGUGAUGACGAGCUCACUCGCCAGAUCAACGAGGGCGCCAAGGAGAUUGAGGAAGAGGAUGCCAAGGAGGUUGAGUGGUCCAUUGACACGUCUGAGGCGGCCAUCAGGGCCCGUGCCCAGGAUCUUCCCGACGACCUCAAGCGCGCUCUUGUCAUUGAGGAGGAUGAAGAGGGUGGCUCCAACUACGACACUUUUGGCAAGUGGAUCAUCGACACGGGCGCAGAGAAGGGCGGCGUAGAGAACCUCGACAACGUCGACAUCUACAUCAAGGCCAAGGAGCUCGGUAUCGAAACCAAGCACCGCACCCUUACCGUCAUUCCCCAGACUCUGUUCACGGAGAAGAUUGUCAAGCAGAUUGACGCCCGCGCUCCGAUGCUUAAGAAGAUGAUUACGUCGGACAAGCACGAGAAGGCUUUCCUUGGCGGUAUUGAGCGCUUCGUGGGCAUCGACAAGCCUGAGCUCAUCCCUCAGGUAUCUGCUAUCCUGCUCAAGGUGUACGAGAACGACCUCGUGUCUGAGGAGCAGCUCCAGACGUGGUGCUCCAAGGCCAGCAAGAGGUAUGUUGACCUCAAGGUCAGCAAGACUGUUCGCAAGUCGGCCGAGCAGUUCAAGAAUUGGCUUGAGCAAGAAGAGAGUGAAGAGGAGGACUCUGACUAGAACGGUUAUGCUUACAACCGUACAUGGUGAGAGUCUGUGGAUCAGCCGACCGCUAACUGUCUCUACCUCUGCGUUACUUUUUGUGUCGACUUGUUCCUAGUGUGGCAUGCUUGGCUUUAGUUGAAGACGAUCAUG